AUGUCAACAGCACCGUAUUUCACUAUUCUAAGCCCACCAUUGCCACCGAAUCCCGUUCUUUCUGAUGUUCGAAUCAAUAAGAAAAUAGACAUUAAUCAUGACAAACAAUUGAAAACGCUAAAGACCUAUGUGGAACUGUUUCAAGAUCGUAAAUCAUUCUGGAUUGAAGUUGCUGUACUAGACCGUCUUCAUUACAAAAACCUGAAUCAACAAAGACCAUUUCAUCGGUUCAAGCGUUCCAUGGAACUACGACGACUACUAAAGCGAUUGAAAUCUUUGCAGAUUGACAAAGAGCUCGAGAGAUUGUACAGUUCGUUCUGGGAUGCCAAAAGCUUGGAUAAAUGCACAUUAAAAUGGAAUUAUAUCCCUAGCAAAGAGUCUACUCAAUACACCCUACACCGACUCAUUGGAGCUGCAUUACUACUCGAUAAGAUUAAAAUUGCACUGAUAGAAACUUACAGGGCAAACUCUACUUUGCUCAAGUUGGAGCAUUUUGUAUCACUUGCUAUUGUCUACAUGGGCAUCUGCAGUCGACUGUACAAAUUAUGUCACGUUUGGGUGAAUCAGAUUGAAGAAUGCUAUCAUAUGCUGUAUACUUGGUCCACUAGUUUUCCGAGUGGAUUGAAGAACAAGGAUCAGAAGCUGUUUACUGAUCAACACAAUCUACAGUGCGAUGCAGAUACACUUAAAUCGGUUAGAACUCAAUACGCUCAAAAUGCAUUGAAAUCCAAAUCAUCGAUACAACACAGAGUACAUUUGGAGACCUAUUUAGCGAAUCAGUCUGUUGUUGAUAAGGUAAAAAGCAUACAGAGAGAGUGCGGCAUCAGCAACGACAAUGAUUCAGAAGACAUAGGUGAAGAGAUGAUGGAUUUCGAAGAUUUGGGAGAGGUGAUUGAACGGUAA